GACGUAUUGUUAAAUGCAACAUUGCAAUAAAUAUGUAAGUAAUAAAGUAUUAUAGUACAUAAACAGACAGUUUUAUAACAUAUUUUAAAGCAAUUUGUUUAUUUACUUAAUUAGAUAUUUAUUACUUGCCUGAUAUCUCUAAUACGUUUAAUAAAGUUAAUUUGCAGCUGCAGGGUGACGAGCUCAACUUGAUUAAAACAAAAUCAAUAAUAUCGGCCUUUAUAUAUGGGUAAAAUUAUCCUUUAUAGACAAAAUUUAAGCAGAAAAGAAUAUUCACAGUUUCCGCAUUUGUCAAAAUUACCAAAAAUGCUUCAAGACGAUGUUAUUUUAUCAUAUGUCACUCACUUGAACACAUUACGCAAGCAUUUUACUACGAGGUUUGAGGAUCUCUUAAAUUUACAAAUUCUUCCAUGGAUAAUAAAUCCAUACAAUAUCACAGCCAUAGAAGAAGGCAAUGUGAUAAUGCAAGAAGAGUUGUUCCAUCAGCCCAAACGAGGAGCUUGUGAUUUUAGAUUCACUCAUUUUCGAGAAUACGAUUUUUAAGAACCAUGCGAAAAUUUUCAUGCGAAACUCGAGAAUUCUACCCCUGGGGGUCGAUUCUCGACUCGUAGGAAUAUUUUCCUAUAGGAAUUUUUGACAUUUUUA